UCCAGCCGGACGGCAUUGGCAGGAGUACCAGGUUAGAGCAAGUAGUGAAAACAUUGCACAAAGUAGCAUUGCUGCGCGUCGAGCGUUUUUUUUUCCCCCACCACAUUGUAAAUAUGUGUUGGCAUGUUUAGCCUAAUAUUACAGCAGGGUAAUUCAUGUUUAGCUUGGUCGUUAGCUCCUCUUAUUAGUCCCGUGUGCAGCAUCGACCUUUUCACCACUGCUACAGUAAGCACAUGUCCAGCUGUGGUUGCAAAUAGGUCUACAGGUGAGUCACUCUUGCUUGUAGUUUAAUCAUGAAGGGGUUUUUGAGGAAGGUGCACAGCAUCUUUCUGAAGGUCGCCCUUCUUCCAAGCACAUUUGCCAGGAAAGGUCCACGGCCUGCAGCCUCAGAGGUGUUGACCUGCCACCUCCAGCAGAGAAAACUCCCUCCGUGGACUUCCUUCUGUGUCCGCUACAGCUCCGUCCACAAUGACCAGUUUGGACUGUCUCAUUUUAACUGGAGGGUUGAAGGCUCCAACUACCACAUACUGAGAACAGGCUGCUUCCCCUUUAUUAAAUACCACUGCUCCAAAGCACCUCCACAGAAGCUGGACUUUGAAGACACGUUUUUCACUGUGUUGAAAGUAAUUAAUCUGGGUAUCCCUUGUUUGGCUUAUGGCAUUGGUUGCUGGAUGGUGGUGGGCGCUGCGGAAACGGUGCAGACAAGUGUUGGACCGGUCACAGUCUAUUUUGCCUACAAAGAAGAAGACGGUGCACAGUACUGAGAACACUUGACAGUGGUUGCAUAAAUUAAUAUAUACAGUCUAUGACUAGACCAUGAAGAAAUCACCGUUUGAUUGUGUUUAAAAGAAGCUCACAUCGACUACGCUGCUGUAUUUGGAACCGUUCCCAAGGUGAUGCUGCGGUGUACCUCUUGACAAACGUGUCAUUAGUGCUUCCAUUGUCUGAACAGGUUCAUUUUGUGUUUAAUUAUUAAAGAUUUGAAAGUUUCAGGAAGAAGUCAGCUAUGCGUGUUGUAACAUUGACAUACAAUGCCGACAGUGUUUAUUUGGAAAGUUUACGUUCCAUUAAAGUUUAAUGUUAAGUUUAGGAUUUCUCUGAGAAUAGACUUGAGACUUUUCCAGGAUGUUUUCACAGUGGAGUCUGUGAAUGUCGUAUCAGCCAUUUGUCUUCACAAUAAAUCUGUUUUAAGAAUUUUGAAAAAAAAUAUAAUAGUGUAUGAAAUUGUGAUCAAAAUAUGUUUAGGAUAUUUUUCAAUAUGGAAAAACAUUGUA